AUGAUGAACAACUCGACAUCUGCCCAAGGAAGAGCAACGGGAACUGUGACCAGCGUUGAAGCCGUUCUCUGGGGGACUUCGUUCGGUGUCGUAGCCUUUAUGAUCAUCUUGUCUAAUAGUGUCUCCAUUGCUGCGUUCGUCAAAGCAAAACCUCGUCGCAAGCAUACUCAUUACUUUCUCAUCAACUUGUCCGUUGCUGAUUUCAUGGUCGGAGCUGUAUCGGUGCCUUUGUUCAUCUCCUAUCUUGUGAAUCCACAAGUGUGGACUAGCAGCCUUACCAUGCCGAUGGUUCAUUCUACAGUGGAUAUUCUCUCAGGACUAACGUCUGUCUUCACACUGGCCAUUGUAUCUAUAGAAAGACUAUUGGCUGUAUCCAUCCCUUUCAAGUAUCGUUUAAUUCCCAGGUAUGCUUACUUCUGCUGUAUUGCAGCCACGUGGGGUCUCUCUGGAAGCGUUGCCGCCAUGAGUAUCGCAUUUUACUUGCGGAUUGUGAAAGAAGCCUUCUACAUUGUAGUAAUUCUUUCCCUGUCGCUGUCCCUGUCUGUUGCCUGUUUUGCUUACAUAGCUAUCAUAUAUAAAAUCAAUCAGAAAAACAACAGCGCAAAGAACGCGAAGGAUUUAACAGUCGAGCGUAGACUAAGCAUGACCUUGUUUUUCAUCACUACCAUUUUUGUCGUAUCGUGGCUUCCAUUCCAGCUCGUCUUCAUUUUGGUCCACUUCUGUAAGACGUGCAGAUUUUCCGUGAACACUGUGUUCUUUACUAAGCUAUUGCAUUACAGCAACUCGUUUAUGAACACAGCAGUGUAUAGUUUCAGAAUCCCGGAAUUUAAAGAAGCAUUAAAGGAGAUUUUUAGUCGGUCUUCGUCCCGCAGCGGAGUCAACGAUAUGCACUUAAAAGAAAUCACUUACGACAGCUCUACGUCUGUAACUCGGUUGACUCUGCAUAGCCCACUGAUAAAUUCGAAUAAAACCUCAUCGUCUUCACUAAGCAAGACUGUAGAAGUGAGUUCUAUGGAUGGAAAUCAAAUAAUGGCUAACAGCCUGUUAAGGAACGUUUAG